UGUAAUGUCACACUGACUUUGCACGCUCAGUAUAAUUUAGAAUACAUUUUAGUCCAUACCAAACAAUAGUUUUGUAUUUUCAAAAUACUCUGUAAGUUUUACCACAACUCUGUACUUCUAUUUUUCAGUAUAUUUUAGAUUGACCAGCUUGCAGACCUUUUAAUAUUGAGUAUUUUAACAAAGUUACUUUAACAAUCUGUACUUGCAUGAAAUAAGGAACAAUGCAAAAGCAGAUAAUAAUUUACAUGCUCAUCACUAUAAUAGCUGUGUCUUCUGGAUGUUUAUGUCCAAGAAACUAUAAUCCAGUGUGUGAUAAUGAAAACAAUCAACAUGGUAACAUUUGUUUGUUUGAGUGUGCCUUAAAAGAUGCUCAGAAAAAUGGAAGAGAGAUCAAAAUAAUGAUGUACGGAGAGUGUAAAAAAGUUAGUUCAAAAACUUGUGAGACUGAAAGGAUUCCUUAUAAAAAAAUGAAACCACCUUUUGAAAGGACAUGUAGUUUCCUUUAUUGA